ACGACGGACGGCAUGCUGCAGCGAGAGUGUCUCGUCGAUCCCGAUGUCAGUGCAUACUUGCUCAUCAUGCUUGAUGAGGUGCAUGAGCGAACCAUCCACACCGACGUGCUGUUCGGUCUGUUGAAGAAGGCCAUGAAGCGUCGCCCAGACCUCAAGGUCACUUCGGCUACCCUCGAUGCCGAGAAGUUCGCCAAGUACUUCUUCGGAUGCCCUAUCUUCACGAUACCGGGUCGCACAUACCCUGUGGAGAUCCUGUAUACGAAGGAGCCCGAGACGGACUACCUCGAUGCCUCGCUUAUCACCGUCAUGCAGAUUCACCUGUCCGAGCCUCCUGGCGAUAUCUUGCUGUUCUUGACGGGCCAGGAGGAGAUCGACACGACGUGCGAGAUCCUGUACGAGCGUCUGAAGGCACUUGGCCAGAAGGUCCCCGAGCUCAUCAUCCUUCCCAUCUACUCCGCGCUGCCCUCGGAGGUUCAACCGCGAGUCUUCGAUCCGACGCCUCCUGGCUCUCGCAAAGUGACCAGCUUGACGAUCACAGGCAUUUACUGUGUCAUCAAUCCGGGCUUCUCAAAGCAGAACGCGUACGAUCCAAAGCUGGGAAUGGACUCGCUCGUCGUUAUGCCUAUCUCCCAGGCUCAAGCACGACAACGCGCUGGCCGUGCGGGUCGUACGGGCCCAGGGAAAUGCUAUCGGCUCUACACUGAAACCGCAUUCCGGAACGAGAUGUUGCCGAGUUCCAUUCCUGACAUUCAGCGAACGGACCUGGCGCAUAUCAUCCUCAUGUUGAAGGCGAUGGGUAUCAACGAUCUUCUCAGCUUCGACUUCAUGGACGCGCCGCCCGCACAGACGAUGUUGACCGCGCUCGAAUCGCUCUAUGCCUUGUCAGCGCUGGACGACGAAGGUCUUCUGACGAAAGUGGGCCGCAAGAUGGCCGAUUUCCCCAUGGAACCCCCGCUCGCAAAGAUGUUAAUCGCUUCGGUGGAGCUGGGGUGUUCCGAGGAGAUCCUCUCCAUUGUAGCGAUGUUGUCCGUUCAAAGCAUCUUCUACCGUCCUAAGGAGAAGCAGGGACAGGCAGACUCGAAGAAGGCCAAGUUCCAUCAACCAGAGGGCGACCAUCUGACGCUACUGACCGUGUACAACGGCUGGAAAGCGAGCAACUUCUCGAACCCGUGGUGUUACGAGAACUUCAUUCAGGCGCGAAGCAUGCGAAGGACACAGGAUGUACGGAAGCAGCUGUUGGGUAUCAUGGAUCGUUAUGAAUACGGGAUCAUUUCAGCCGGGCGAGACUACAAUCGCGUCCGUAGAGCUAUCUGCUCCGGGUACUUCCGUCACGCGGCAAAGAAAGACCCGCAGGAGGGCUACAAGACGCUCGUGGAGGGCACGCCAGUGUACAUCCACCCGUCGUCCGCGCUAGUCAACCGUAACCCUGAGUGGUGCAUCUACCACGAGCUCAUCCUCACGACGAGAGAGUACUGCCAUAAUGUCGCCGACGCGAACAAGAUCAGCAAGCGGAAGAAGCAAGAGAAAAUCGAGCCGCUGUUCAACAAGGUACUACGAAUAUCAGACGAAUGGAGACUGUCAAAGAUCAAGAGGAGUGCUCGCUCGCGGACGUGGCUACUGCCGCAGAACGGGGCGCAUGACGCCGUGGCGGAGGCGAAGUUCAGGCUGGACUCUCUCGUCGGCGACGAGGGGAGCAACUACUCCGCUGGCGAGAAGCGGAUGUUGGUGCUCUAUCGAGCGUUGGCGAAGAACAGCCGCAUCAUCGUCCUCGUCAGUCUCAGUCCCGCCGUGCUCGUACAGGGGUUUAGGCGCUGA